UGCUGACUGUAAAAUGAGUAGCCAACUUGUCAAUGCAACAUCAGCUACUACAGUAUGUAUCAGUGCAAUUGAAGUAAAAUUGUAAUUUCUCCGGUUUCUAGGGAUCUUUUAUGCACACCUAACCAAGAGGAGAAGGAAACUGUGAUCGUGAUGGAAGAGAAGGAGAAGGAAACUGUGAUCGUGAAGGAAGAUGAGGAGGAGGAGGAGGAGGAGGAAGAUGCCAAAGCCAAGGAGACUGAACCCCAGCACCAGAAGAAGCAGGCCUGGGUCCCCACUACCUACUCCAAGUUCGGUAAAGAGGUGUUCUGCUACGUAGGACAGGAGAUCAGCAUCUUUGAGGCCUUGGACUCUUACGGCGCUGUCAUCUGGCCAGCGGCGUUGGCUCUGUGUCACUACCUAGAGACCAACGUUGAGCAGUUGAAUCUGGUGGACAAGGCAGUGCUGGAGCUAGGAGCAGGACCUGGCCUAGUGUCUAUUGUUGCCACACUCCUAGGUGCCUGGGUCACAGCUACAGACCUGCCAGAGAUCCUGGGUAACCUGAGAGCCAACCUGCUCCGUAACACAAGAGGGCGCUGUAGGUACACUCCCCAAGCUGCAGCUCUGUCCUGGGGUCCUGACGUGGAACGUAUCUACCCCAGAUCCGUCUAUCGCUAUGACUACGUGCUGGCGGCUGACGUGGUGUAUCACCAUGACUACCUGGAAGAGCUGCUGUUCACAAUGAGAUACUUCUGCCGUCCAGGAACCACUCUGAUCUGGGCCAACAAGGUCCGUUUUCCGACAGACCUGGGAUUCACUGAGGACUUCAAGAAAACCUUCAACACCACACUGCUGGCUGAGAUGGGAGAGGUUAAGAUCUUCAUGGCCACAUGCAGAGAGACAGAGGAACAGCUUCAACACCACCCUGCUGGCUGAGAUGGGAGAGGUUAAGAUCUUUAUGCCCACGUGUAAAAGGUAGGGAUUAGGGAAGAUAAAGGAAUAGUCGACAUCCUGCCGACUACGCCAAAUGUAACCAAGACUUCCUGUCCCUUCUUCCUCUGAGAAAUGCUUGAAGG